AUGGAAGCAAAUAUACAUUUGAAUAAGAAAAAUGAAAUUGGCUCUUAUGAAAUUGCGGCUAAAAAAGCGCUAGUUGAAGAAUAUAAACGAUUAUUACAGUUAGUAGAUCAAAAACAUAUUACUGAACUGGAGAAGUUGGAAGAAAUUAACCAAAAGACGAGUUUUAUAGAGCUGAAUCAAAUAUCCAACGCUCUUCAGGUAGGGGCGUUGAAUACUAAAAUAGGUGAAGCCUCUCGGUCGGAAAACUUGCUCUUCACAUAUUUAAAACCAAUCAUCAUCAAAUACGUUGAUAGAUAA